GCGAGAGCCCCGAGAGCUCCUUUUCGUUUUUUGCGAGUGUUAAACCUACGCCAUGGCGCCGCCCGAAGAGCAAGUGAAGGAACUGCUCAGGGAGGCCAAGCAGCUGAUUAGCCAGCUGAAGGCCGAAGAUGCGGCUGCACCCGCCAAGCAAGCCUUGGAACUCUCCCGAGAUGCGUCGGAUCAAGUCAGCACCGCGGAAGCUUUGAGGCUUCUUCUCCUCGCUCAAAUGGAGCGUGGAGACAUCAAGCCAGAGGAAGCGCUGAAACAAGUCAAGGACGAGGCGAGCAAGCUGAAGCGCUCGGCACGGGAUGGCCGGAGAGCGGAGGCCAUGAUGCAGUUCACCCAAGCAGCCAUUCACCUGGCCAAGGUGGAGCCGGUGAAGGCGGUGCAGCUGGGCGCCGAGGCCGAGGCUUUCUUCCAGCGGGAGCAGGACUGGCCAACUCUGGCAGAGGUGCUUGAGGUAGUUGCCCCAGCACAUCUUCAUCGAGGGGAUGGCAAGAAGGCCAUGGAUGCGGCGAACCUGAUCUUGGAUGUAGCUCAGAAAAUGAAGGCUCCAGAGGUGGAGGCACGCGCCUGGACCUUUGUGGCAGCGGGCCGCUUCAUGUCCAAGUCUGAGGAUGCGGCAGAGGCUGCCCGGAAGGCCCUGGAUUUAUGCCGCAGUGGCCGGCACCGCGCCGGGGAAGUGCAGACGCUCUUGGAAUUGGCCAAAGGCCAACUGACGUUGCAGGAUUCCUUGUCCGCCUUGGCCUCCGCCCGCGAAGCUCUGAAGGUGGCGCGCGACGCCGAGAUUUGGCCUCAGGCGGGCCGUGCAGUAGAAGCCAUCGUGGAGGCCCAGCUCCAGGCUGGGAACCCGCAGGCCGCACUGGAUGAGGCGCAAGAGCAGCUGUCGUCCCUCACGCCAGCUGCUUCGAAGGCGGCUGCCGCGAUGAUGUCUGCCGUGGUGGUGGCCACCGCCGCGCUCAAAGGCGCCGAUGCCGGCCUCGAGCGGGUGAAGGGCUACGUUGAGAAGCUGAGGGCGGAUGGUAACAAACGCGGCGAGGUGCAGAUGUUGCACAAGCUUGCGACCAUGUCUCCCUAUGCCGACUACGCCUUGAACACGGCACAGGCCGCGCUGAAAAUGGCCCAGCACUUGGGCUUUGCCUUGGAGGAGAAGGCCCUCAAGAGGACCCUUACAGAGCUGUAUGUCGCGAAAGGGAAGAUCGACAAGGCGCCCAACCGACGGGAGGCCUUGUUGUUGCUGCAGGACUUGGCGCGCAAUUUAGAGAAGAAGGAUGGGGAUGGCUUUGAUGAUGCCAACCAAAACUUGAAUGGCUAUUGGCCGGCAUUGACUCAGAGCGAUGUUGAUGCGGCCAUGCAGAAGGUCAUCACCAUGAAUCCGCCCGUGUACUUGGAGUUCCUGAAAUCCCAUGGUGCCAACGUGGACGGCAAGGAUGCGCCAACACCCGCACCCGCAGACAUCCAGGGCUUGGGCCUGCAGAACAAACUGAAGACUGGACCGAAACCAUACCUCUACGUGAACUUCAGAGUGGGAGGCAUCAGCUACGGCCCCAGGUAUCGGUGCUGUGACCUGCCCUGUGCCGUGGUGGACCAGCCCGGCUCGGCGGUUGGGGUGUUGAACCUGCAGGACAUCUCGGAUGAUUGGGAGCGAGAGCUCCAGUACAACCCCUCAAUCCUCGAUUGCGCCUUGCAGAACGGGGCUGCGGGCAUCUUCACUCAGCUCCCUCCCGGCGCCUGAAGAGUCCCGGUUCCCCCGCAAAAGGAGCCCCGAGCUUGGGGGUUCCCGAGUGGAGCUCGUAGGCUUGGUGGUUGGAACAUUUGAUGGGUUUGAAAGCCAAAGAAAUUCCUAGGAAUUUGCACAGAAUCCCAGUCAGCAAAGCUUCUGAAAACAUGUCAGGCCAGGUGCCCUCUUUUUUGAUCCAUUCCAUUCAUUCCAUCCCAGAACACCAUGUCUCCACUUCAUGUCCAAGCAAGG